GCCCGGCCGCCUGCCGGCCCCCAGCACUCGGCACGGCUGGAUGUCCCGACGUGCUCACCCACUGAACUCCGCCGACCGCACGCUUCCCUUUUCUUUAACCCGGAGAAUAUCGGCGAUUUUUGUCCCCUGCGAAGGAGAAGAAGCGGGAGCCCCGGGGCUCUUGAGAUGCAGCGAGAUCCUUAUUUAUAGGCGCGCGCCCUGCACCCCGGGAGCCGCGCGUGGCCUGGGCCUCGGCCUUGAGGUGUGAGGUUGGAUUGCGCCGGUCGACACUGGGUCCCGCAGCCUCUGCCCUUUCAAUGCCCUGUCUGCCCUGGGACUGCUGGCCUUCCCUGGAGAUCCGAGCGUUCCUGUGUGCCAUGGGCUGUAUUCAGAGCAUCGGAGGCAAAGCCAGAGUCUUCCGGGAAGGCAUCACCGUCAUUGACGUGAAGGCCUCCAUCGACCCCAUCCCCACCAGCAUCGACGAGUCCUCCAGCGUGGUACUCCGCUACCGGACGCCCCACUUCCGGGCCUCUGCCCAAGUGGUCAUGCCGCCCAUCCCCAAGAAGGAGACGUGGAUCGUGGGUUGGAUUCAGGCGUGCAGCCACAUGGAGUUCUACAACCAGUACGGGGAGCAGGGCAUGUCCAGCUGGGAGCUUCCCGACCUCCAGGAGGGCAAAAUCGAGGCCAUCAGCGACUCGGAUGGGGUGAACUACCCUUGGUACGGCAACACCACUGAAACCUGCACCAUUGUUGGCCCGACCAAGAGAGACUCCAAGUUCAUCAUCAGCAUGAAUGAUAACUUCUACCCCAGCGUCACGUGGGCCGUGCCAGUGAGCGAGAGCAACGUGGCCAAGCUGACCAACAUCUACCGGGACCAGAGCUUCACCACGUGGCUGGUGGCCACCAACACCUCCACGAACGACAUGAUCAUCCUGCAGACGCUGCACUGGCGGAUGCAGCUGAGCAUCGAGGUGAACCCCAGCCGCCCCCUGGGCCAGCGUGCCCGGCUGCGGGAGCCCAUCGCCCAGGACCAGCCCAAGAUCCUGAGCAAGAACGAGCCCAUCCCGCCCAGCGCCCUGGUCAAGCCGAACGCCAACGACGCCCAGGUCCUCAUGUGGCGGCCCAAGUACGGCCAGCCGCUCGUGGUCAUCCCGCCGAAGCACCGGUAACGCCAGUGCGCUCCGCUAGGUUAGACUCAAAGAAUACAGCUCUGAGCAGCCCCGACGCACUCCGGUCAUUCAGCAAAAUACAACCAUUCUACCUUGUCCAGCUGGCGGGUCUCACUGUGCUAAUCGCCCGCCCCUCCCCCGGGCGCCCUCCUCUCCUCUGCCACCGGCUCAGCCGUUCCCUUGCAGCCCACUCCCUGCCACACUGCUUUUUGUUCGUGUCCUUCCCCCUAGCUCCUCUUUUGGGGGCUCAGGCAUGACCGUGAGAGGUCCCUGGCGUCCAUCGGCCUCACCUGGCCGGCUGGUGCGGUGGGGCCUCCCCUUCCUGCCUCCCCUUGACCUCUGCCACGCGGCCUUAUGUAUUCUUGCUUUGCCUAACUUUUUGCCUUAAGCUGAGUUGAAAAGGAAAAAGGAGAUGAACAAGGGGAUCACUUUCCUACCGGACUCUCCGUCUCCCGUGGGAGCCCCUCCUCCUGCUUGUCCAGCCAUGGGGGAGGGGGCUCGAGGGGAGGAUUUAGGCCUCAAACCAGCUGUUGAUUCCUUGGUUUUGGCAGAAAAACAACCACAGCCAUUCUAAGAGCUUUUCCUCUAUCCCAGGCUCAAGCCCUAGACUGUGAGCUGGGAGGCAGAGCUGUGUCCCCUCCUGCCCGCCCCUCCUCCUCCCCCUCCCCCCCCCUGCAGCCUUAUCUUGCCCAGGUGGUUCUGGUGGGGGGAGGGGGGAGGUGGGGAAGGAAACCUCCUCCCUUUCCCUUGGGGACCGGACCCUGUGAGCUCACAGCUUUUCCCUCUCCAGCCCUGCUGGUCCUGCGUGCGAAGGGGCUGGCCUGUGAGGCUGGAGUUGUCGGGGAAGAAGGCUUUACUGUCUCCCCAUCUUAGCCUGCAUGGUGAAGACUUGAAUCCGGAACUGCAGCCCCUGGGCUGGCUGUUCACUGGUGCACUGAAAUGGGGCCAGGACAGGGCUUCCAGAUCAUUCUCAGGGGAUGCUGCUCCCCGGCUCGGGGAGGGCUGCGGCGGGCUCUGCGUUUCUCUGCUGGCGUGCACUGCACUGCCGCAGCCCCCGUGUGGCAGCCACACUGUGGCCAGGAAGUCAGGAGGCAGUUGAUGCCCCCCCCAUCAACUUGUCCUCUAAAAGCCUGGCCCAGGGCCGGCAGGGGACCCAGGUCAGCGGUGGCUUGGGGGGGACUCCACACCCCCUCCGGCUUGCCAGCCUCAAACCCCUUGUUCCAACCAGUAAGAAUCAAGCACAGAAAAACUCAGAGAAAAAGAACCCAUUUCUACUGCAAUGAGCCACGGAAGGGUCGCUUUGGAAGCCUUGGCCUGGGGGAUGCCAUAUGCCGGGGUCCCAGCCCGCCUCUCGAGAGCCGUUCUCUACUCAGGUCUAAGUUGCACUAAAGGAGAGGGGCUGGGAGAGAGAGAGGGCAGCCUACACCAGCCUUUCUGGAGACUCCGCCCCCUGCAUGCCUGCCACGCCCACCCGGCCACCCCGCCCCUUUCCCUUCCACCACCCCGCCCCUUUCCCUUUCACCUUACUGCAGGGACGGGGCAGGGAGCACCCCAGAGACUGUGGGUUACCUCAGGCUGCUCAGCACCCCGGAUGUCAGAGCACUGACCCCAAAGCUUCCUGAUUGGGGCCCCAAUUCCUGUGAUGCCCCCCCCACGCCCAACCCAGUGGACACUCACCCCUUCCAGCAAUAAGAAGCCAUGGCCGCCCGUGGCCGUGGCCGGGGAUGGUACUGUGAAUGGAGCUGGUGCCGCACCAGGAGGCGCCAGGCUCCCGCAGACAAUGAACCUGGUGGUUGUUGUUUUUCUAGGUUUAAAAUAAAAUCACAAAA